AUCUUUUCUUUCUGUGUCUGUCCCAACAGGGGCUGGAGAAUCUGGGAAAAGCACCAUUGUCAAGCAGAUGAAGAUUAUUCAUGAAGAUGGUUUCUCUGGAGAAGACGUGAAGCAGUACAAGCCUGUGGUCUAUAGCAACACUAUUCAGUCACUGGCAGCAAUUGUCCGUGCCAUGGAUACCUUGGGCAUUGAAUAUGGUGAUAAGGAGCGACGGGCUGAUGCUAAGAUGGUAUGUGAUGUAGUAAGCCGAAUGGAAGACACAGAGCCCUUCUCUCCAGAGCUGCUGUCAGCUAUGAUGAGACUCUGGGCAGAUUCUGGAAUCCAGGAAUGCUUCAACCGGUCCCGGGAAUAUCAACUUAAUGACUCUGCCCAAUACUACCUAGACAGCUUAGAUCGAAUUGGAGCUCCAGACUACCAGCCAACAGAGCAGGAUAUCCUUCGAACCAGGGUCAAAACAACUGGCAUUGUAGAAACCCAUUUCACAUUCAAAAACCUCCACUUCAGGCUGUUCGAUGUGGGAGGUCAGAGGUCAGAACGUAAGAAAUGGAUCCACUGCUUUGAGGACGUCACAGCGAUCAUUUUUUGUGUCGCGCUGAGUGGUUACGAUCAGGUGCUCCAUGAAGACGAAACCACGAACCGCAUGCAUGAAUCAUUGAAGCUGUUUGACAGCAUCUGUAACAACAAAUGGUUCACAGACACAUCCAUCAUCCUCUUUCUAAACAAGAAGGACAUAUUUGAGGAGAAAAUUAAGAAAUCUCCAUUGACUAUCUGCUUUCCUGAGUACACAGGCCCUAACUCUUUCACUGAGGCUGUGGCCUACAUCCAGUCUCAGUAUGAGAGCAAGAACAAGUCCCCCAACAAGGAGAUCUACACGCACAUCACCUGUGCCACGGACACCAACAACAUCCAGUUUGUCUUUGAUGCUGUUACGGAUGUCAUCAUCGCCAACAACCUGCGUGGAUGUGGACUCUACUGAACCCUUCUCGCUGCUGAUUCCAUGCACUCCAGGAAACGCUUGUCCUGUCAGGUUGAAGGGUUUCUCCAUUUCCCCCCACAAGAUGAAGAUAAAGAAAAAAUUACAUAAAUCCCUCCCCUCCUGCUUCCAAGAACCUUUGCAGGAAAUUCUGCUUUCCCCUAGGUAUCACUCCCUCCUCCUCUUCCUUUUUUCUUAACCCCUUCAAUGUCUCUUUCCACCAUUCAGUUUUAGGAUUGGCAGCCAGUGUUCAUAAUACCUUAGUGGGGACAAAGAGAGUCCCUAAAAAUGUAUUUCAACUACCAAAAAAGGCUCAUUUUAAAAAACAAACAUCAAUUUUUCAAAGACUUAAAUAUUUAACAUCAAAACAACAGUUUCUUCAUAAUCUUGAGGGAUUAAUUCUCUCUGCUUUUUCUUUCAUUCUUUCUUGAAGGUCUGGAUGCAGUUUGGAGGCACAUUGUGACUCCGGUUUCUACCCAAAGUUGAAAAGGUCAGGUUAGGCAGAGUUUGCUGGGUGGAGUGGGGAGGGUAAAUACUGAAUGACUAAAACAGGCAAAGAUUUGCUGGUGUCUUUUACUAAGAAAGACACAGUGUCAGAAGCUACUAAGCAUUGUCUAAAGGCAUUCAUUACCAGUAACAGUUUUACCUCAAGCUUUCACAAUUAAUGCUGAAAAUAUGUCUCUAGCAGUUUUCAAUAACCCAUUUGUUACUCAAAGUGUCUCCUUAUUCUCUUUGCUUGAUAGUAUAGAGUUACUGUACUAUAAGUGGGCAGUUUCUGGACGUUCGUGUUAACCACAGGCAUGACAUGAGAUAUUAGUGGUAAGAAUUGCUCUGCACAACGUUUUGAAUAGUUUAUAUUUCCUAAUGUAGCUAAAGGAGUGUGACUAUAGUUGGAAAAGGAGAGAGAGAAUGAGAGAGAGUGCAUGUGUAUUGACUGCCGGCAUCAAGGGACAUACUAAAGGUCCCUCAGAGGUGACCAAGAUGGGAGAGACAUUGGAAUGAGUUCUCCCUACAUUGGGGCUUUGUUAAAUGCAGUUCUCUAGGAGCUAAAUAUAGCUGCCUGAUUCAGUGUCAGCCUUGCCCUAGCAUUAGAGCAUAUGAGGGGGUGUUGUAACUUAUUCCAUUGGCCUAAAGGCCAUGAGGAGCUUUAGGCCACUAGAAGACUAGCAUGGAGAAGUUGUGUCACACCAUGCCCUCUCCUCUCUCCUAUGUGGGUGCACAGGAAGGUGGCUGACAAAGAAACCGGCUGUGCCAGGUUUGCAUCAGCAAGACUUUUCCCUUCGCAAAGGGACAUUUCCAAGUGGAAUCUGUCCAUUUUGCCCUACUGGAGUAGUACAAAAUGGACAGUGCUGACCAUACUCUCUGAUUCAUCUCUGGCCCCAUAAGGGGAUGCUAUAAUUUACUCUCUUUGAGGUUUCCAGGUUUUCUAAAGCUAAGCAUGAGUAUGUGCGUGUGUGCUGGGGAAAACCAGCCUGCCUUGUUGAUUGUGUAUGUGUGUGCAUACACUGUUGGGGAGUCAAUAUUUUACAAAGGUCUUGGGAGCCACUCAAAAGCUUCAUAAAGUUCAAGUUUCAUAAAAGAGGUUUGUUUGGGUUUGGCGCCAAGGGAUUUGGAGUGUGGGAGUGACUCUGGGCAGGAGGUUGGGGUGGAGGUCCAAACUCUGUGAGGUAGUAUGGGGCAGGAGGGGGUCUUAUGGCUGUAGUGUGGGGUCUGUGAGACAGUUGAGGUGUGGGAGGGGCUCAUGGUUGGGGUGUGGGUGUCUGCAGGGGAGUUAGAAUAAUAGAAUCAUAGUUAGAGACCUCAGGAGGUCAUCAAGUCCAGCCCCCUGCUCAAAGC